AUGGUGCACGGGCAUGCCCACGUUCACGAGCACCGCCCUCAUGAAAUUGAGAGGCGGGGCUUCCUGGACGAAAGAUCCAACCCCUUUGAGGACGCCUACGAUUCCUUGUCCAAGACCUGGGAAGACGCGUUUGGUGGCGGCGAUGCUACUACCUCUGCCAAAGAAGACACCGCUACUACGACUGCUGCGCAUAUGGGUGUAGGUCCCGCAGUGGCAGCGACCAGAACGACCUCGUCCGAGACUACGGAGAAGACAACCGAGGCGGCCGCUACAACGACCAAGGAUACUGAGAGGCAUGAAGCUACCACUACCAGCGAAAAGGAGACCCCCACGGCCGUGACGCAUGCCACGCAAACCAAGGACACUAGCACCGAGACUACCAAGGAGUCCACAAAGACUACAGCAGAGGCUACUGCCUCAACGUCUUCUGAGGACAGAAAGCCAGCCACCAAGAUCGAACCAACGUCAACCACAAACACAAACACAAACGUCAGCUUUGUGACCUCGGUGACUUCUACGGCUGAUUCUACUAAAGACGGUAAUGUCCUGGUUGUGACCCACACUGCCUCAGCCACCAACUCGGCUGCAUCAGCUUCAUCUACUUCUCUUAACACGAGCUCCGAGGGCAUGUCCUCCGGUGCCAAGGCAGGUGUUGCCAUUGGUGUCAUUCUCGGUGUCGGUGUGAUUGCUGCUCUGAUCUUCUUCUUGGUCCGCAAGAAGAAGCGCGCUCAGUCCUUGAAGGAGGAAGAGGAGAACGAGAAAGUAGCGUUCACUCUCCCGCCACCUCCCCCGGUCUCGAAGCAAAUGGGUUCUUCAGCUGCUCCUCGACUUAAUGUUCGCCCGAUUACUCAGUUCGCGCCUGACCUGAGCGGCAAUGGCGGUUUUAACCCCGUCUCUGCUGCUGGGGUCGCUGCUGGUGCCGGCGUUGGAGCUGGUGCUGCUAAUGCUGCUUCUCGCAAUCUUACUGGGAACUCGCCGCCUUCUACCCCUCCCAAGUCUGCUGCUGGCUCUAAUCCGUUCAAUGACCCCGUCAAUCCCUUCAGCAGCAGUAACAUUGUCGCUGGACACGCGCCUGGUGUUGGAGAAACCGCCGCAGGAGCUGCCGCUAUGGGAGCUGUUGCUGGGGCCGCUGUGGCCCAUGAACGUGCUCAUUCCCCGCCUGGAUCUUCCCCGAGCCCCGCCAGCCACGAUGGCGAGUCAGUUUCAUCUGCAACAUUCGCUGCUGAUGGUGCGGCUGGUAUGAGUGCCGUUGCUGGUGCCGCUGCUGGCACAAGCCCUGAUAAUGUUCACCGCGUGCAAAUGGAUUUCAACCCCUCGAUGGAAGAUGAAUUGGGUCUCCGUACUGGUGCGCUGGUUCGGAUGCUCCAUGAAUACGAUGACGGAUGGGCUCUCUGUACCCGCCUUGAUCGAUCUCAGCAAGGUGUUGCUCCACGUUCUUGCCUUUCUGCGCGCCCUGUGAAGCCUCGCUCGCGUCCUCCUCCUGGAAUGCGCGGUCCCCCAGUCAUGGUCCCCAACGGCCGUAUCCCCUCGGGUCCCCCGCCUGGUCGUUUCUACCCCGGUGACGCACGGCCAAGAUCCCCCGCUGGCCCUGGAUAUGGCCCCGGUCCUGGAUAUGGCGGUCCGCCGCCUCCUCGCCCAUACCCUCAGAGCCGCUCUGCAUCACCCGUUCAGUUCCCCAUGCCUGGUCCAAUGGGUCCUUCAGUCCGUCCAGUUCAACGUUCAAUGUCACCCGGCCCCAGUAUUCGACCAGUCCCUCGGUCCAUGAGCCCCGGUCCUUACGGACCUCCUGGCAUGCAGCGUCAACCCGUGAUGCCAAUAAACCAGCGACAGCGCAGUAAUAGCGCUGGCAACUUCCCUCCUCCAAACGUCGGCUCUGCUCCACCCCAGUCCCCCAGCCCUCUCGCCGUAGCCGAGCCUGCAGCUCCAGCUCCCACCGCCGAACUACCCGCUAUUCCCAGUUCGCCCACAUCCCCCGGAUCGCAGGUUAAUAGGAAACCUCUUCCUUCGCAGAACUUCUAA